AUGGAAGAGACCGAGCCUCCCUUCACCUCUGAAAUCAUGAACAAGGUGAUGCCAUCGAGGUUCAGGAUGCCUCCUAUCAUCCAAUUCUCUGAAUCCGGAGACCCCUCGGAGCAUGUGAAGUCAUACUGUUCAUGGAUGCAGGUCCAGUCAACCAUAGAUGCCAUGAUGUGUCGAGCCUUCUCAAUAACUCUCUCCGGGUCUGCUCGGAGUUGGUACCGACAACUUAAGACAAAAUCGAUCAGCUCCUUCUCAGAGCUCAACAGAAUGUUCCUUACCCAAUUCAUCUCUGGUAAGAAGAGUCAGAAGCUGACUACCCAUCUGUUCACCCUCAAGCAAGGGAACAAAGAACCGUUAAAGGAUUACAUUGUCCGCUUUAACGAGGAGGCGUUGUUAGUGGAAGAUUACGACGACAAAAUGACGCUUUCGGCUAUGUUUAGUGGACUCACAGAAGGGAAGUUUACCUUCUCAAUCGGGAAAAAUCCACCGACUACCUUGGCCGAGCUCAUUAACAGGGCUCAGAAGUAUACCAAUGCCGAGGAAUUCUCCAACUCCCGCAGGAACAUUCAAGCAGCCGAAGCAUCGUCAAAAGAAAAGAGGUCAAGGAACGAAGAGCCUCAGACAUCCAACAAAAAACCUGAUGAUCGAGUCCCUCGUGAUCGACGGCUGAGCCGGAGGCCCGAAGGCAAAUUCCGUUCUUACACCCCUCUCAAGACCUCUAUGGAGGAGAUCUUGUUGGAUAUUCGAGGCCAGAGACUCCUGAAUGAGCCUGUUUGCAUGAAGACCGACGUAGAGAAUCGGGACAAGCGCAAGUACUGCAGGUUCCACCGCGACCACGACCACAACACAAGCGACUAUGUGGAUCUCAAGGAUGAGAUUGAAACUCUUAUUCGCAAGGGUCAUUUGUGCCGAUACACUAAGGAGGAGAGGUCGGCUAAAAAAAAAGAACGACCAAGCAAAGUUAUGGAAGAACAUGCGAAAAUUCGAACCAUCUAUGGUGGUCCAUCCGGUGGAGGUGACUCAAACAGAGCUCGCAAAGCCCACUCUCGGAGUUUGGACCCUGAGCACUAUGUCCAUUUGACCAAAAGGCCGAGGAAAGAGCUCCGUGUCAGCCCCUGCAACUUGACUUUCACAGAAGAUGACGCGUGUGGAAUCCAUCAUCCACACGAGAAUGUCCUCGUGGUAGCUAUGACCAUAGCUAACCAUAAGGUCUUCCGCAUCCUGGUCGACACGGGAAGUUCAGUCGACAUUAUUUACUCCGAGGCAUUCAAGAGAAUGAGAAUCGACAGGUCAUACCUCCGACCCAUGAAGACCCCACUACACGACUUUGCCGAGGAUAAGGUAAUCUCCAAGGGAGCCAUCUCCCUCCCUGUGACAGCGGGAGAAGGACAGCACCAGGUCACACUUCUAGUGGAUUUUCUGGUUGUCAAUGUGCCAUCGGUGCAUAAUGUAAUUCUGAGACGACAUUCCCUCAAUGCAAUGAGGGCGGUUGUGUCCACAUACCACUUGAUUAUGAAGUUCCCCGCCGAAGGUGGGGUUGGAUACCUCUGA